CCUAAGCACCAGGACAGGCACAAGCUACUGCACCACCACAUCAGCAACAGCACCAGCUCCAGCAGUAGCAUCAGCACCAGCACCAGCACCAGCCUAAGCCUCAGCACCAGCACUAGCACUAGUACAAGAACCAGCACAAGCACCUGUAUCAGCACCAGCACCAGCCCCAGCACCAGCACCAGCAGCAGCACCAACACCAACACCAGCUACAGCACCAGCACAAGCAUCAGCACAAGCACCAGCUCCUGCAUAAGCACCAGGACAGGCACAAGCGCCAGCAUCAGCAAAAGCGCCGGCACCAGCCCAGGCUCCAGCACUUAUUCAGGCACCAGCACAGGCACCAGCACAAGCACUAGGACCAAUAACACCUCCACCUCCAGCACCAGCACAGGCACCAGCACCAGCACCAGCUCCAGCAUUAGCACCAGCACCAGCACAAGCUUCAUCACCAGCACAAGCACUUGCACCAGUACAAGAUCUGGCAGUGGCCUAAGCUCCAGCACAAACACAGAUACGAGCACCAGCACCAGCACAGGCAGCAGCACCAGCACCAGCUCCAGCAUUAGCACCAGCACCAGCACAAGCUUCAUCACCAGCACAAGCACUUGCACUAGUACAAGAUAUGGCAGUGGCCUAAGCUCCAGCACAAACACAGAUACGAGCACCAGCACAAGCACAAGCACCAGCACCGGCACAAGCACAGGCACCAGUUCCAGCACCAGCACCAGCACCAGCACAAGCACCAGCACCAGUACUAGCACUAGCACAUGCACAAGCACAAGCACCAGCACAAGCACCAGCACAAGCACCGUACAGGAACCAGCACAAGCAUCGACACCUGCCCAGGACCCAGCUCAAGCACCAUCACCAGCAGAAGCACUGGAUCCAGUACAAGUUCCAGCACUAAAACCAGCACCACCACCAGCAACAUCACCAGCACCAGCACCAGUACAGGCAAAAACGCCAGCAGCAGCACCAACACAAGCAACGGUACAAGCACCAGCAUCAGGCCCAGCAACAGCACUAGCACCUGAACCAGAACCAGAACCAGGACAAGCUCCAGCACUAGUACAGGCACCAGUACAGGCUCCAGCACCAGCACCAGCUCCAGUACUAGUACAGGCACCAGCAAAAGCGCCGGAGCCAACCCAAUCUCCCGCACUAAUACAGGCAUCAGCACAAGCGCCAGUACCGGCCCAGACACCAGAACAAGAACCAGCACCAGUACCAACAAAAGCAUCGGCUCCAAGAUCAGUACAUGCACCUGCACAAGUGCCACUACAAAGAGCAGCACAAGCAACAGCACGAAAACCAGCACCAGCACAAACACCGUGUCCAGCAAUUGCACCAGCACCAACAUCAGCACAGGCACCAACACAAGCACAAGCACCAGCUUCAGAACCAGCAACAGCACCAGCAGCAACACAAGAACCAGCACAAGCACUAGCACCAGCACCAGCAGCAGCCCCAGCACCAGCACUAGUACCAAGCACCAGAACCAGAACCAGCAUCAGCAUCAGUAUCAGCAUCCGCAUAAGCACCAGCACCAGCAUCAGAACCAGCAUCAGUAUCAGCAUCAGCAUCAGCACCAGCACAACCACCAGCACCAGAACCAGCACCAGCACAAGAACUAGCACCAGCAUCAGCAACCAAACCAGCAACAUUGAAAGCAAAAGCACCAGCACCAGCCUAAGCCCCAGGACAGGCACCAGCACUAGCACCAACAAACCAGCACCAGCAACAGCACCAGCACUGGCACUAGGACAGGCACAACCACCAGCACCAGUACCAGCACUAGCAGCAGCACCAGAUAUAGCACCAGAACCAGCAUCAACACCAGCACAAGCUCCAGCACAAGCACUUGCACUAGAACAAGAGCCGGCAGUAGCCCAAGCUUUAGCACAAAAAAAGAUACGAGCACCACCACAAGCACAAGCUACAGCACCAGCACCAGCUCCAGCACUAGUACAGGCACCAGCACAUGCACCAGCACAUUCACCAGCACAGGCACCAGCACUGGCACCAACACCAGCAACAGCACCACCACCAGCACCAGCACCAGCAUCAGCAUCCGCACCAGCACUAGCACCAGCCCAAGCAAAAGCACCAGAACCAGCACAAGAACCGCAUAAGCUUCAGGUCAGGCACAAGAACAAGUACCAACAAACCAGCACCAGCACAGGCACCAGCACAGGCACCAACACGAGCACCAGCACUAACACCAACAUAUGCACCAAAAUACAAACACAGAUACGAGCAUCAGCACAAGCACAAGCAAAAGCUUCAGUACACGCACCAGCACAAGCACCAGGACCAAUAUCUCCACAAGCACCAGCACAGGCACCAGCAGCACCAGCUCCAGCAAUAGCACCAUCACCAGCACCAGCACGAGCAUUAUCACCAGCAGAAGCACCUGCACUAGUACAAGAGCCGGCACUGGCCCAAACUUCAUCACAAACACAGAUACGAGCACCAGCACAAGCACAAGCACAAGCACAAGCUUCAGUACCAGCACCAGCACCAGCUCCAGCACUAGUGAAGGCAACAUCACAGGCACCAAAACAGGCACCAGCUCCGGCACCAGAACCAGCACCAGCACCUGCACCAGCACCUGCACCAGCACCUGCACCAGCACCUGCACCAGCACCUGCACCAGCACCUGCACCAGCACCAGCCUAAGCACCAGGACAGGCACUCCAGCUGCAGCACUAGUACAGGCACCACCACAGGCUCCAGCACCAGCAUCAGCACCAGCACCAACACCAGCACUAGC